AAGCCGAGACGCUUCGUCUCGGUCUGAUUCGAGAAGAAGGACGGCUCAAGUCGUGGGCUCGUAGCUGGGGUAUUCCAAUAGAGGCAGCUGCAAACUCGUUGUACGCCAAAGAGGCCGUCGGGACAAAGCUUUUGAUCGAUGAAGCGGAGGACGCGUGUAUCGACCUAGUAGAAAUAGAGGCAACUCUAAAGAACAUGUGGGAGCUAUUGUCGCAAGGCAAGGCGAUACAAGAAGCUCAACUAGGGCAAUCAUACAAAGACCAUAACGAUGGUCUGGAUCGAAUUCGACCACGAAGCGCCCCAUAUUCCUUGCGCUCUACUAAAGCCGCUGUCGCUUGCGAGGUG